CUGACGGAUUUCGGAGUGCGCUUUCCCGCUUGGUGCGCUCAACCUUCCUCAUUACUCCCUUGUCUCGAGCUGAUUCGCAGCGUGUGCGGUUGAGCCAGUCCUCGUUCACUGCUUCUUUGGUUAGUACCGUAAGUUACAUGCAGUACAGAUGAUAUCUACAACAAAGUCGUGCACGAUAUUGGCAACGAGAACAACACACGGAUCUGUUACAGUCUGUAACGAGGAGCAUAAACACAGUUGACAGAGUUCUCUGGCGUUAAAAGUGCAAAGUAGAGACCACCCCAGUGAGAGAAGGGAACCUGCAUUGUGCAAAGCCUCUGCAUUACCCACUGAUCAGUUGCCACAUUUAUACGCAGUAGGACAAUCAAUUCCACCGGAAGAAAUGUCUACGGCGACAUUAUUCCAGGGAAAGAUAAAAGCAAUAGAGGAAGCAAGAGACUUGCAUCAUCUAUGCGAGACUGCACGUGUUGUUGGUAUGAGAACAGAAAAUCUCCAAACAAUGGAAAAAUUGAAGGAAAAACUUCUUGAAUACAUCAAAGAAAAGCGUCAGGAAUCGGUGAAGACGUUUGAGGUGAUUUCUGAAGCUGGUAGGGCAGAUGAAUACAAACGGAAAGAGCUUCUAAAUCUUUACGAAGAGGCAAAAAAAAUUCUAAAUCUUUUGGAUGAUGAAUUCCUUAAUCCUCUUGAAACAAGCUUGGGAGAUAUCAAAAUGGCUCUUAAAGAAAACAUGAGAUGUCUUGCGCCAAGGGAUCAUUAUGUGGUUAUUGUUGCAGGUGAGACUAGUGCUGGCAAGAGCAGUGUAAUCAACCUAAUACUUGGCGAAAAAAUUCUUCCAACUGGCGUUUUGAGUAAGACAUCGACAAUCUUCGAGCUCAAGUACGGUACAUCUCCAAAGAUUCGCAUACAUUUCAAUGAUUCCAGUGAACCUGUGUAUAACGAAUUAGAUGGUCCUAAAGAGACCAUCUUAAAACAGUUAAAGAAUCUCGUGACUGAAAACAAUGACAGAGAAAAAGUAUCUCCUUACAAGAAGGUCGAGCUGUUUUGGCCGCAUCGUUUGUUUAAGGAGCGCGUCAUCAUUGUUGAUACCCCUGGAGUAGGAGAUAGUGAAGCUAUGAAUGAAGUUGCCCUAAAUUACCUUCCGAAUGCUUUCUGCUUUAUUUAUGUCAUCAACAGCACCAAUGCUGGGGGAGUCCAGGAAGACAGAAUGGCUUGAUGAUCUCCUGUCUCGUGUCUCUCGUCAAAUGACAUUAUUACUCAGAUCAACAACCUUGUCACGGCUGGAAAAAGAUAAGAAAAUGGCAGAUGUCAAGAAACGGAUGAAAGAGUUAGAAAGAUCGCAGAAUGAAACAAUAGAAGAACUUGGUCAAAACCAAACGCAGUUAAUCUGGGAGAUUACGGGAAAGCUGGCUUUCCACUUUAAAGCGACAGACACAUCAGCUCUAUUUUGCAAGUGGUCUCCUACUGAGGUCCCACUUCCAAAAGCAACUUGGGAAGAGACGGAAAAUGAAAUCUUAAGGAGCAUUUCGGAACGGAGUUAUCAGUUCGUUCAAAAGUGGGAGGAUGAAGAGCACGAGUUCGCUGAGGCCCAGAACAAAAUGAUUAAAGAUCUUUGUAAGAAGUAUAACUUCAUGGAGGAAGAGAUCCGCAAAGUAGAAGACGAAGUUCUCUUUGUAGACGGAACGGCGGAGGUUUUCCAGCCAGAAAAAAGCACUAAUACUCUCAGACAGACCCAAGAGAGAUUUCAAGACGUUCCUAUAGCGAGCAGAAGUCAUGUGUGGCUCCGGCAAGGAUUAGCAUCUGUUGUAAUCCGUUCACCACUGAGUAAACUUGUGUCCAAAUUGAAGGGGAAGAGGAAUUUCCCCAGAAAGAUCAAGGAGUACGAGACCGAUCGAUGUGCCUACAUGUCUGAGAGAUGCAGAGUUUGUCUCGAAGUUCUCUCGGACCAAAACCGUCUCUUUCCGUUCAUAAACGAACAACUUGAAGAUUCAGUGCUGUUUUUAAAUCAGAUAAAAGAGAAAAUCCCUAAAUUAAUAGAGGGUGACAAGGAACUUUAUCAACAGCUACUGUCGGACAGGAGAAAUAAGGCCGACAUCCUAAGUUGCUAUGAACCCAAAAGGGAGAACUUAGAGUCUUUGAUGGGAGACGUGGCCAUUUACGCUACGAAAGAAAUAAUGCGAUCCGAUUUCAUACCCAAAGAUUUGAAAUGGACAGAAGACUGCAAGUCCAUCAUCGGUAGCGGCAGCAUUUCCACAGUUUACGCUGGUGUACUUACCCGUAAGGAAGGAAAGGAAGUAAAGGUCGCGUUGAAAGUUUACACAGAUCUUCUUUCAAAAGAGAAUGUGAGGCAGUUUUGGGAUGAGGGCAUGAUCAUGAGGCAAGUACGCGGACAUCCAAGUAUAGUGGAGUUUUAUGGGACAGAUCUUCUCAGAGGACCAGAGGGUACCAAAGUUGUGAUGGUAUCGGAGCUAUGCAAGGAUUCCAUCGAGAAGUUAAUUUUUUCUAAAUCUGACCAUACCCCUCUCCCCACGAGGAAUAAAGUAUUAUGUUGGGCUGUGCAAAUUGUUGACGCUUUGCACUUUAUUCAUGGUAAAGAACUUUCCCAUCAGCAUCUGAAACUGAAAAAUGUCAUGUUAACCCAAGAAGAAAACGUGAAGCUUAAAGGUAUUGGCAGGGGUUCAUUUCGAAUGAACAAAGAAAUCGAAGAAGACAACCCACGUUAUCUGGCACCUGAAGUCCUGGAAAGUGAGGGUCGAAAUUAUGACAGCAAGUCUGAUAUGUUCAGCUUCAGCAUUUUGCUGUGGGAAUUGUGGUACUGUGAGAUGGCUUUCCAAACCUCGAUCACCAGUUAUAGACAGCACUUACGCAGGCUAAAAGAAGGGGUUCGGCCAACAGACAUAGAGGGUAGAGAACCUCCAUGGCCAGUCUGGAAAGAUGUAAUGGAAGCUUGCUGGAGAGGUGAACCAAGUAAUCGAUCAACCGCUCAGCAAAGCUUGAAUAAAUUACGUGAGUUAGAGUCUGUACGAAGUAAAACACUACCAGACCUACCCACACCACCACAAACACCACCACCAACACCACCACCAACACCACCACCAACACCACCACCAAGACCAUCUCGAAGAUCAAAACGAAGGAGAUCAACUCCUUAAUCAUCUUGAAACUGUCCUCUUGUUGUUUCAAUAUAUUUUUUGAGACUUUCGGUUUAAAAUGGUGGAAAAAGUGAGUACCGCAUGGUACCCUUUGCAUAAAAAUGAUAGCAAUAAGAGGUAGACAACAUAACGGCCUAAUUAAAGUCUCAAAAGUGAAAUAAACUGCAUAGCGCUGGUUCAUAUUAAUAGAGAUCGUUGUGGCGAGGUUAGUUGAUGAGGACAUAAAGUUGUAACAAAAAGAACAUUUCACGUUCAACCCUAUUUUUCUAUUGAGAUUCCGUCCAUAAACUUGCCUACUGUAACAUUAGUUGACUCAAAACUAGUUUGGUGUAAAGGCAUGACAUGCAGUUCUUAAAGCGAAGGUUGGUGUCCCCAGUUGUCAUGAGAUGCCAAUCGAUUUUCCAUGUCCAAGGUCUCUUUUGCUACCGCUCAAUGCAAGUUUUGUUAUCUGGUCUUUUUGCAAGACAAACUUUUUUGUGUCUCAUUACUUAAUUCUUGAAAUUUGUAAGAAACAAGCGCAGUGGUUAGUUGAGCGGUAUACAUCCUGAUGAAAGUAAAACGGACGGUUACAGGGGCCUGUGCAGUAAAAAUCUAAAACAAUUCCAUUUGAAAAUUGUGACGUAGUUUUAGACUCUUUUUUAGGUGCUUCAUUCACCUUCAAAUACAGCCACUAAUUGUCGGCAGCUUGAAUAAAAAUGCAACACCGAUCCAUCUUAGUCAAAACUGAAUUGUUUUUAAUUGCUAUUUCUUGCCUAAACAAAUCUUAUCUUGCUGUAAAAACGCUUCAGUUUGAAAUAAUUGAUUGAUGUGAAAAAUCGUUUUCCUGCCUUUAGUUCGUAAAGGAAAAAAUGCCAUCGCUACUGACUUGUAGCCUUUGUUUAUACAUUUUAAAACUUGAAAAGUGCAACCAGAUCAAACGUCAGACCUCGGUGUUUUGAGUACAAUUCAAUACUCUCAGUUAUAAAGAGAGUAAGUAUGAGAAACUGUGCAAAUUCAUAUUAAUUCUUUAUUAUCCUAGAGAUGAUAUCUGCAUCAAAAUGAUUGGCUAAAUACAAAAAAUAUGGGCUGAUUUAACGUGACCCAAGCGACAUGUUUUAUUUUGUCUAGUUUUUAGCUUAUAUUCUUAUCGACCUGUCAACCAGUAUUAUAAUCCUCCAAUAUAUUCUAAUUCUAAUUAUGUUACUAUUAGGAUCGAGGACCACUAGUUCGUCAGUUGAAUUACUUUUGUGUGUUACUCCCCUUUUAAAUAAAGUUAUUCAGUGUUAUAUCAUUGUCAUAUC